CUCCAUCGCGCCGCUCGCCCGGCUCAACCCCUUCUACGCGCCGCAUUUCCAGCCGAUCCAGGAUGGGGUGAGGAAGCGAGCGGAGCCCACCGAGGGGCCCACCACGCGGCGGAGCUUGGCGGCCGCAUCCGCCGGUGAAGAAUACAGCUGUGCAUAUGGCUCAAACAGAUUCUUUUUGCUUUGUGGCCUUGGUGGGAUUAUUAGCUGUGGAACAACACAUACAGCACUGGUACCUCUAGACCUGGUUAAAUGCAGAAUGCAGAAUACAGUUGUGAAUAUGGCUCGCUCAAGUUUUAUGCUCUCUGUGGCGUUGGUGGGGUCCUAAGUUGUGGCCUGACGCACACUGCUGUUGUACCUCUGGAUUUAGUGAAAUGUCGUAUGCAGGUUGAUCCACAAAAAUACAAGAGCAUCUUCAAUGGAUUUUCAGUGACAAUCAAGGAAGAUGGUGUUCGUGGCUUGGCUAAGGGUUGGGCUCCAACCUUUUUUGGAUAUUCCAUGCAGGGGCUUUGUAAAUUUGGUUUCUAUGAAGUUUUCAAGAUCCUGUAUGGCAACAUGCUAGGAGAGGAAAAUGCAUACUUGUGGCGUACUUCACUAUAUUUAGCUGCAUCUGCCAGUGCAGAAUUUUUUGCUGACAUUGCUCUGGCUCCAAUGGAAGCUGCUAAAGUUCGAAUUCAGACACAGCCUGGAUAUGCUAACACUCUGCGGGAGGCUGUACCUAAAAUGUUUGGAGAAGAAGGCAUCUGGGCUUUCUAUAAAGGUGUUGCUCCAUUAUGGAUGAGACAGAUUCCAUACACAAUGAUGAAAUUUGCCUGUUUUGAACGUACUGUUGAAGCUCUCUACAAGUAUGUCGUUCCCAAGCCACGAAAUGAAUGUACAAAAGGAGAACAACUGGUAGUCACAUUUGUGGCAGGCUAUAUUGCUGGUGUGUUCUGUGCUAUUGUGUCCCAUCCUGCUGACUCUGUAGUGUCUGUGUUGAACAAAGAAAAGGGCAGUUCUGCUUCACAGGUUCUUCAGAGGCUUGGAUUCAAAGGUGUAUGGAAGGGUCUGUUUGCCCGUAUCAUUAUGAUUGGUACCCUGACUGCGUUACAGUGGUUCAUCUAUGAUUCUGUGAAGGUCUAUUUCAGACUUCCUCGUCCGCCUCCACCAGAAAUGCCAGAAUCUCUGAAGAAGAAGCUUGGUCUAACCGAGUAGACAACUCAUGGACUGACUGUACUGGCCCUCCCAGUGAUGAGUUUCAUGAAACUUUUAUAUAUUUGACUAUGUAGAAAACAAACUGUAUAUGAUACUGUUAUUGGCUGUGCCCUCAUCCCACGUGAGGGUUUAAAUUCUACCACUGUCAUUGCCUGAAAUAAAUGAGAAAGAGAGUG